CACCAAACCCCAAAGACAACACCUCUCUAGCAAAAGAAGGCAGCAGCAAAUGGCAGAAAACCACCCGCCUCAUCUUGGUUUCAAAGGAGACAGCAUCGUGGCGCAGCAUGCCAUUUUUGCCCUGCUUGUGGACACGUUAAGCAACCAAAUCCAAGUGAAAUACCUGUCAAUGCGAGUUUCUCCAUUUGACACCCACCAGAGAGUCAUGUCAACAUUUUUAGCUGCUAUGCUUAUAUACGCCACAACAUCAGUUGCCGAGGUUAUACUCCGGACGCAGAAAUCAGUCCAUCAAAGACUUGUCGGCAAUAUUCGCCUCUUUGCUAGCGCCCUUGCUACAAUUCUGCUUCUGGUGACUCUUUCCCUGGUUGUGUCCUGCAUCGUUUCCGUCUUGUGGGCCUGUUUAUUUGUGAAGUUAGCAUAUGAAUCAUGUCAAGAUCUGUGCCAGUUGCUAAGCCAAACAACUGAUGAGGUACUGCGCUUGUUGAAAAAGCUAAUUGCAAUUGUGAGGAGCCCCAAAGAGAAACCAAACCAGUCGAAUGUACAGGUCCUUCCAAGUCCCGAGGCAGAUUAGGAUAGUGUUAAAUCAUGGACUUGUUGCUCCUAGCUGUUUUUUGUAAUUUAAGCAGUGAUAUUGUUUUUCUAACGCGCUAGAGAAUUAGAUAAUUGAAGGAUAUGACACUCUUUUUAUGGGCCUGUUCUUCUUUUUGUUUGUA